CAACGCUAGUGGCUACGCGAAGCUUUAACGCGCGCGAGUGAAACUGCGCUCACCAAGUCACAUGUUCGAUAUCAGAAUCUGGAGGUGGCUAACGAUUAAUUUUCAUCGGGUUCACAAGAGCGAUAAUAAAUCAUUUCCACAAGUGGUCCCUUCCUUCAUUGCAUCGACUUCGGUUCCUGGCGCAACCCGGUUCUAGAAAGCAGCGUCAAAGAUCGCGAUGUCAGACGACGAGGUUGACCAUGAACUACUGGACUUAUUACGGAAGCGAUUCGGAAUAGGUGUCCAGGAUAAUGGGCCGCCAGAGACAAAGGUACUCGAAAGUGCCGAGAACAUCUACGACAACAGCACCGAUGUGGCAAUCGACAUGCGCUCGACCAAAGUAGCCGCCCAGUUGGUUCUUGACGAGAUGGAAAAGCGAGAAUACAGUACUAAAACUUGGUCGGCUCAUGAGCUGCAUCCCAAAUCUAAAGACGAAAGCACAGUCAACUUCAUCUUUACCAUGGAUCUCUUGAACUUUAGCUUUUGGAGUGAGAAGAGCGAAGAUGAGAGAUUCGCCGUUGAGUACAAAGAUAAGAGGUGGACGGGCUAUUGGGGCCUGGUCGCUGUGCUGCAGAGAGCACUGGAUGAGGGUGUUCCAAUAACUUCACCUGAAUUCUGGAUCGACGAGGUAAAUUGCACAGACGAGGUACUCAAGAACGCAUUCCGCUCGGUGAAUGAUGAGCAGGCACCGAUGCUCGACCAGCGCAUUAGGUGUCUCAGAGAGGCAGGCAGAGUACUAGACGAGGAAUUCGAUGGUAGUGUUGUGACACUCGUCGAAGACGCCAAAAACUCAGCAGCUGGGCUGGUCAAUCUACUUGCUGAGAAGUUCACAUGCUUUGCGGACGAAGGCACAUUUGAGCGCAAAAAGGUUCGGUUUCUCAAGCGCGCACAGAUCUUUGUGGCUGAUCUGUGGGCCGCUUUUGACGGCGAGGGCUAUGGAGAAUUCAAUGACAUCGACAAGAUCACCAUGUUUGCAGACUACCGCGUUCCACAAAUACUGCACUCUCUCGGAGUUAUGUGGUUUUGCCCUUCGCUGGAAGCCAAGAUCCGGCGCCUCGAAGUUAUGGAAAGUGGACACACGUGGGAGAUGCAGAUUCGAGGGUGCAGCAUAUGGGCAGUGGAUUUGCUCCGACGGGAGAUGUUGAAGAUCAAGCCUGAAGCGAAAGUCAAUGCGAUCCUCAUCGACUUUUUCUUAUACGAUUUGGCGAAGGAGAGAGAAAAGGAAGGUGUUGAAACAAUACCCCACCACAGAACAAGGAGCAUAUGGUAUUGAGGCAUCGAUAUUCCCACAAUGUGAAUAAUUAUAUGGAUCGUUGACAUUAUCGACCAAGUUUGCUACAUUUACAUCGAUGACCGGGGCUUACAAGAUGACUGGUAUCAUAGAUUCGCAGAGGAGAUUCAGAAAUGUAACAACGGUAUGUUGUAGCUCGAUGGCCUUCGAACUUAUUCUUGUGUUGCUAUUGCUAGUGCCAUGAGAAGCCGGGGUGACG